UCUAAAACAGACCAGAAAAGUUUGAAGGGAGAGCAGGAGUGAGUGGGGCAGCCCUCUUAAAGCCUCUUCCUCAUCUACUCAUCCUGCUUCUCUCCUCUGGUCCCCCCCUUCUUUUUUCUAAAAGAAGGAGGUAAGAACCCCCACCCCACCCCCCAAGACCUUUUCUAAUCUUGAGGAAAGGGGGGGCGGGGAGGGAAGAAGAGUAGGUUCUUGGGAACGUCAUGGAGCUGCUGUGCUGCGAGGUGGACCCCAUCCGGAGGGCUGUGCCGGACCCCAGCCUCUUGUUCGACGACCGUGUUUUGCUUAACUUGCUCACCAUCGAGGAACGCUAUCUGCCCCAGUGCUCCUAUUUCAAAUGCGUGCAAAAGGACAUUCAGCCCUACAUGAGGAGAAUGGUGGCGACUUGGAUGUUGGAGGUCUGUGAAGAGCAGAAGUGCGAAGAAGAGGUCUUCCCUUUAGCCAUGAAUUACCUGGACCGCUUCUUAGCUGGGGUGCCUACUCCUAAGUGCCGUCUACAACUUCUGGGUGCUGUCUGCAUGUUCCUGGCCUCUAAGCUGAAGGAAACAAUCCCGCUUACUGCAGAGAAACUGUGCAUUUAUACCGAUAAUUCUGUCAAACCCCAAGAGCUGCUGGAGUGGGAAUUGGUGGUAUUGGGCAAGUUGAAGUGGAAUCUGGCAGCUGUGACCCCUCACGACUUCAUCGAGCACAUUUUACGGAAGCUGCCCCUGCCGAAGGACAAGCUGCUUUUGAUCCGAAAGCAUGCACAGACAUUUAUUGCUCUUUGUGCAACAGACUUUAACUUUGCCAUGUACCCACCCUCGAUGAUUGCAACUGGAAGUGUGGGAGCAGCCAUCUGUGGCCUCCAGCUUGACAGUGAGGACAACUCCCUCUCAGAGCAUCUCACAGAGCUGUUGGCGAAGAUAACAAAUACAGAUGUGGAUUGCCUGAAAGCCUGCCAAGAACAGAUUGAGGCUGUGUUGGUGAACAAUCUGAGGCAAGUUCGACAAGAGGAGCAGCAGAGGAAUCCUGCAAAGACGGUGGAUGAACUGGACCAAGCCAGCACCCCCACAGAUGUGAGGGACGUCAACCUGUGAGGAUGCCAAUGCAGAGGGGAAGAAAGAGAAAAAGAGAGUAGUACUUGCUCGUUUUCUUACUUCGUGUGGUUUUGUGUGUGUGUGUGUGUGUGUGUGUGUGUGUGUGUGUUUUAGAACAAAACUUUUUUUAAUCUACUCCCACCUAGAAAUAUUUAAGGGUCUUUUAGAAAAGAAGAAAAGAAGCUUACAAAAAAAAUUGAACUAUUAAAAAUAUUUGGUGCCUAUAAUGUUAAAAAGAAGGGAAUCAUGAUCUUUGUGACAGGUUACUGUUUGGUUAUGUAUAGUAAAAUGCUUAUAUGAAAGCAUACAAAGUAGCUAGAGAAAACGUAUGCCUGCAGAUGUGGGAACAAAGCAGAUUAUACUCUAUUUUUCCAUAUUAUGAACUAGUGCAUACAUCCCCGAUUUAGAUGGGAGAAAAGAAUUAUGUGAUUCAUGGUUUAAUUAGAUUGCAAAGCAAUGAACUGAUGGGGUUGGGGAAAUGAGGAAGUAAUGAGGGGGCAACCCAGAAAGAUAAUUAUCUCUGAUGCAAUUGAACCGUUGUGGAUGCAAAAGUUCUUUGGCUCUUAAGUCGCCUUUGGUUUAAUUGGAAAUGUAUGUUGGAUUUCUCUGAGUGAGUUGUGCCUCCUCCCAUCUGCAGCAGCUGCUGCCAAGGAAAGAGAGAAGAUGCUUUAUUUUGCCAGGCAGAUACAGGUGAUUGGUUCCUGGGUGCGAUGUGCUACUUCUCCUUUAAACAUGCUCCACCGCCGACAGCCGUACCACACUGUUGGUGUAAGGGAAAGCCCAACUUUGGGCCAUGCCCAGGGGUUGUGUUUUAGUGCAGAAAAACAGAACCAGAGUCUGAAUUGCUGCAAUAACAAGGGUGAUGAGGUCUUCAUAUCCUUCACCAGUCCAAAUUAAUUCAUGGACUGAUGAACAUUUCUUAUCCACAGCUCAGCAUUAUUAUAAACCAUUCCAUUCAAAAAGCACUUUGAAAAUUAUUCUUGAGGGAUAAAUGGGAUGGUUUAUGAAAAUCAUGUGGAAUAAAGGAUAGAGAGGGGUCAAAAAAUGCAGUCCUCCUCUCCCCCCCUCCCCAGUCUGUAGUAUUGUUUCUAUAUUGCAUCUGAUAUACUCUCUCAGUAGCCCCUACAUUAAUGCUAGAAGAUGAGAGACACCCAAUUCAGGUGACAUUCCCAUCACAACAUUCCUGAUGAAAUUCCAAAGGAAAAAAAUGUUAUUCCUGUGUCACAGAAGGAUCUUAAUACACCUACCUGCACACUUCUCCUUUGGGCCUUAAAAGAAAAAUUACUGUUAGUGCAAAAGUCAGGUGACUGAACACCAGAGGCGCAGUGUUGUGUUUUGUUUUUUCCUUUUUUGGGGGGGGGGUGGUUAAUUUUAUUACAAAAUUGUAUUCAGUGUACUUGAAUUUUUUUUCCACUUUGUUUCAAAGAGGGAGGAAAGGAGUUGGAGCAGCAGAAAAAAAAUUUGCACAGUUAUAUUAACAGGUUUUAGGGGGUAUAUGAAGCUGUUGUUUGAAAUACUGUUUGCAUUUUUUAAAAGAAAUCAUAAUGGGCUACUUUGAAGCAUUAUUUUAUAAACAGACUUAUGUCUGGCAAUAUGAGGGUUGAAAAUGCAAUUUUUAAAAAUCUUAGGGUAUCUUUCAUUUGUUUUUAUCUGUUUGGGGUUUUUUUUUUGUUGUUGUUUGCGCUGCUAAGAAGCUACGACCCUUCAUUUUUAUCCACAUUAACAGUACUUAGCUGUAAUGUUUCACUGAGUGUGCUGCUAUUUUAUAAACAUUUUGAUAAUAUAUUAUUUUACUGCUUAAAUUUCAAAUCCUGAAGCAGGUGGUUAAGUUGAGCUUAUAAGUUCUGUGAUUUACUGGAAAAGCCCGUGUAUACCUUUUGUUUUUCUCUGAUAGUGUAUUCAUUUUUUUCCUGCUCAUAUUCUGCAAAAAUGGCAUUUACUUUACCUCAGGUUUACUGGAUACAAAAUAAAAGGUUCACACUCUUUUUUCCUAAUACCUCACAACCUUCUGCUGGGGAGCCUUUUCAUAUAUCCUUGAUAGAGGAGAUGGGAGAUAAUUGAUCUCUUCUUCCUUCAGAAAGAAGACAGGGCUACUUUAACCUAGAAAGGGGGCAGCUUGUUCCCUGAGAACCAUUUCUGACCACGAGGGCAUUGACUUAGGCUCCCAUUUUGACUUAAGGAUCCUCAUCAUCAUAGUGGAAAAAAUACACUGAACCCCAGGGAAUCCCUCUAGGGCAUAUAUUUAUGCACCAGCAACAAGGCAGUGGAUUUAGAAGUCUGGUUUGCCCUCAUUGACCAGGUGUCAGGAAGAGAGAAUAAAAAUGAAUCUUGGCAGCUUGUUUGCAAAUCUAUAUUUUGCAUGCCUUUAAAGAGAAAAGCCUUCCCCUUAACCAAUCUGUUCAUGCAGGGUCUUUUAUUGCAGAGGGUCUCUCCCCAGUUCCCCAAUCUCUGGCUCACUAAAUGUCGAACACCAAACCUCGAAUGUAAUUUUAUGGGGAUGAUUCCUCCUACCACUGGCAAACCUAGGCCCUUUGCCAGUGGGUACUAAGCAAAUUUCACCCGGAGGAUUUACGUUUUAUUUACCCAUUCUGAACUUGGGAUAGCUUAGGGUACUAGAAUAAACCUAAAGGACCAGUUCACUAAGAGUCAUCAGUGAUUAGAAUUUGUUUCCCCAAAAUCUUAGAAGGAAAGAUAUACUGCUUCCCUCUAAAGGUGACUUCUGCAUAGGUGAAUGAUUCUGUCACACUGGGCUUACAGAAAGAUGCUUUGAUGAAAAGGAAUUUUUAGGGGGAACUCUCAUCUCUAAGAUGGAGGCUGAAAAUCCAGUCAGUAAGCCAGUCCCCAUUUAUUUAAAUGCUCAUUUUUGGCAGGAUAGUCACAUAUGUGAGACAGGAUUGUUUUAAAAUUCACAGUGAAGAGACUUCGAAAUAACAGUGUCCAAAUGAGGAAGGGGCAAGAAAUUGGGGACUUCUCAACCUCCGCCCCUCUCUUCCCGGCCCCAGUACUCUAGUGCUAGUUUUUCCUUUUUCCUUUUUCCUUUUAAUAUCAUAUAGUCCUGCGUAAUGAAGUCUGUCUUGAGGAAACACACUUAUACAGAGAAAAGAAUCCUUGGUUAAGAAACCUUGGCUCUUUCUCCUUUGACACUGUUUCUUUUAGAGAAGCUUCUGUUCCAGGCUCCAGAUUAUCCAUUAACUUUAGCUUAUUCCUUUGUCCUUUAAUCCCAUCAAAGGAGUUGUGCCACCAGUAGUUUUUUUCCCCUUUUAUCCAUUCUCCUCCCCUUCUUCCUUUCCUUCCUUUCUUUCCUCUCCAUUGAGAGCUUUUUAGACUUUUUAUUUUUUGCAUUAUGGUGCUUUCCAUCCAGUAGUCAAAUCCUUAAAAAAUACAGUAUAAUAAAAUACUUUAAAAAUACACCAAAUACAGUAUAAUAACAUAAUCUGAUAUAAUACAGGUUCAUAAAAGCCGAGGAACCUGGAGGUAGAGAUUCUCCCCACCACCACAGACACAUACAGGAAUCCUACCCAAGGGGAAAAAAAGAUUAAUGCCUACCAAGGAAGCCCAACUGCUCUGGGGAGUUACUGUCAGACAGCUUACAAUGUCUACAAUUAGUCUGUCAACUUAAUCCACAGGAAAGACCCUUGUCCGCUUCCCUUUUUAGCUAAGUCGGAGCCUCUCACUGGAUGCAGUGAGGGCCAAGAGGGAUGUGUCCCCAGGGCAGAGAUUGAAAUGACCAGGUCAGAAGAUAGACCUGGCUCUGAUACCAUAUGCUCUUUGCAGCAUAUUGGGGUUUCCUCAAGAAGAAACUGUGUUUUUGCCUAGUUCAGGACCUUAAGAAUCUGUUUAGAUUAUGUCCUGAUGUCCAUACAACAGAUAACAUGAUGCUGUAGUACCUUAGUUCGAGGACUUUCUUAGAGAGGAAGCAGAAAUCUCAUUCUAUGUGACCCUGAGUAGGGCUAUUGAGAAGAAAAUGAACAAUUGCACCUUAUAACAUGUAAAUAUUACUCUUCUAAAGUUAAAAAACAUUGGGUUGGAAGAUGAGGAUGGACAGAAUAUUUGAGCAAGCCAAUUUGAAAUUGACCAGACUUCCAGGACACCAGAAUUUCUACUGGUAUAGUUCAGCCUUUGAAAUAGUUCAACCUUGUGCAUAGCUUUUUUUUUUUUUUUUUUUGGUUAGGCAGUGGGGUUAAGUGACUUGCCCAGGGUCACACAACUAGUAAGUGUUAUGUGUCUGAGGCCGGAUUUGAACUCAGGUCCUCCUGAAUCCAGGGCCGGUGGUCGGUGCAUAGCUUUAAAGGGGGUACAUUAAAGCUUACUCAUUCUCCCUACUCCCUCCAGAAAUGAUAUUCAGCAUAGAAUGAAUAGAGAUCUGCUAGUAUGAAACUCGGAACACAUCUUUCAAGGGAUGUUGGAGAUGAUAUCUAUUUACAUAAAAUUGGGUGCAUGAAUUCAAGAGAAAUUGUAUUACUCCAUCUACCUUGUAGCAUCAAAUGAUUAUGGACUCUAAACAACCUAAUAUCUUCAAUUCGACAAGAACUACUCCCAUGCUUUUGUAUGUUGUUGAUUUUUGGCUUCUCAUUGUGAAAUAAAUAUGAUCUUGUAGCCCUAGGUUACCCUUGCCAUACAGCCCACUUUGGUGGGAGAAAGGGUUGAACAAAAAGUCCUUGAAGAUUAUAUUCUUUACAGCAUCCUAAAUAUUCUAGCAAGCUCCUACCCUUAAUAAAACAGAUGUGUUUCUUGCUUCUGACCACUGCCCAUAAUUUGGCAACUCUUAAAUUCCCAUCAAGUACUAGGCCACUGGAUUUUUUCCAUUAUGUUCCAUUACCACGUACCUCAGUUAACUCAGUUGCAGAGUUUCCGGUCUUGAACUUUUUUUUCUGCUUUAAUGAGUGUGAUGCCACAUCAUUUCAACUUUCUUCUCUCACAAUGGGCUCUUUAAGAGGCAUGGUUGUUUUAGAGGUGGGGGGAUGCUAGAGUGCUGCCAUAGACAUGCUCCAUGUGAACAAAGCCUGGAGAAAAGUAUAUGAGGUUGCUUUAUUGGAUCAGACUGUGACAUGUAGCUGAUUGCCUCUUAAGAAGGCUGAUUUGUUCAGUGUUUUUAAAAUGAAUAACCUGUUCUUCCGACUAGUUUGAAGUUGGAUUUGAGAAAUGGUUUUGGAUGCAAUUAGGUAUGCUGUAUGGACAAUAAACUCACCAUGACCUAAA